AUGUCAGAGGAAGUCAGGAAACUGGAGAUGGAGAGCUUGAAAGACAAAGGUUCUCCUGCAGAUAAGCAUUCGGAUAUGGAAAUCGAAUCGCCGAAGAAGAAAGUUGGUGAAAAAGAGGCUUACAAGUCAAAUAAUCCAUUCCGUAAGCGUGCCAAGUCUUCGAGCUCAUCGAUUUCGCAUUCCAGCGCUUCUGGUACGAGCCGCUUGUCCAGGACAUCAAGAUCCUCCAGUUCUGGGUCGGAGUCCCGCUUUGUGAGGGCUAGGUCUUCAUCUAAACGACAUGGAGCUCAGGACCAGAAAUCAAAAUUGAAAGUCGUGAGCCAUAGUUCCGGUGGCCUUUGUGCUACUGACGUAUCUUUUAGGUUUACGCCCUGCAAGUCAAAAAGCGGCAGCCGUGGCAUGAGUGAUCGCAAGGUGCGAGGAAAAUUCAAUUUGCGGUCCAAUUCUGGGUCAGAAUCUGGGUCCCAUUCCGGAAACGAUUCUAGAUCCCAUUCGAGUACCGGUUCGGGGUCCGAUUCAGGAUCCAAUUCGGGAUCAAAUUCUCGAGGUAGCCACAAGAAAGAGACAGUUUCACGACUCCGAAGCGCUGUUCAUCGCGUUAAUGAAACUUGGCCAUCGCCAAAUUCGUUCAAGUCCAUUAAAACUUAUCGCGGAAAAAAUGAAUCAAGUAGUAGGAGCAGCAGCAGCUCUCCACAUCAAAAUGGCUACAAAACUGAGAAGAAGAAAGCAGAUCUGGCGACCGGUAGUCCGGCACCCAAAAGUACGGUCAAUCGCGAGGAGUCCGGUCAAUGGAGGGUCGGAAGCAGCAGCCCCACUCCUAAGGCCUCGAAGAAUGGCUCCCCGAUCAGAAGCCGCAGUCCCCAACGCAAUCCAUGUAGGGAUCGUUCCCCACCCAAAAGCCGAAGUCCCCCCAUAAUAUGCCAGACCAGGAAACAGCCAAAUGAUGGGCUCGAAAAUGAAGCUGAUUCUUAUCGCGAACGCCACAAAAUCACCUUGUCCAGCUGGGAUAUGCGACCCAUUCCCAAGCCCAUAGAGAGUUUCCACCGCAGCGGCUUCGAUGCGACCAUAUUACGGCGACUGGAUCUUGAAGGCUAUAAAGAGCCCACGCCCAUCCAGGCGCAAACUUGGUCGGCUGCCCAGGCGGGUAGAAAUUUAGUGAUGAUUUCCGGUAAGGGCACGGGUAAGACAUUGGCCUACCUACUGCCUGGCAUAUUGAAGAUACAGGAGAAGCGCGGAUCAUCGCGACACAAGAAGGGACCCAUUGUCCUGAUUUUGGUGGACGGACGCGAGGCUGCUACUUUUGUCCACAACGAGGUCUUAAGCUAUGCGAAUCCUCGCGAGCUUAGGACUCAUUGCCUUUUGGGCAGUGGUCAAUGGCAAAGCCAUUCCGCAUGCGAUCUGCUGGUGACCUCCGCUGCUCGCCUUCUGGAAAUGAUAGAUGAUAAGAAACAUGGGGUGGAACUGGAUCGUUGCGCCUAUUUGGUUCUAGACGACAUUGACCUGAUGAUUGACGUGGGCUUGGAGGGCCAAAUCUGCCGGCUGCUAUGCCGCCUACGUCCACGUGCCCAAUUGAUCAUCACCACGACCUCGUGGACACGUAAUCUGGAGCGGAUGGCCAACAAGUUUAUGGGCCAAUACACCUCGAUCCGCGUGGGUCCAAUCAACAAUUCUAGUGAGGGAUUGCAGAACAUUCACCAGCGGGUGGAUGUAAUCGAUGGACGUUGCAAAAUGCAUCGCCUUAAGGACGAGCUAGCUGCACUUUAUGAUUCGAGUGACAGUCCCGAGAAAGUGGUGAUCUAUGUGAAGUGUCAAAAGCUCGUGAACGAACUGGUGGACUUCAUUCGGCUCUUUGUGCCCUGCGAGGGCAUCCACGGCGGACGCAAUGCCGUGGAAAAGGAAGUCAUAAUCCGUGAUUUUCGCAAUGGCGCCUACAAUAUCAUAGUGGCCACCGAUAUGACUUGGCGCGGAUUGGAUGUGCCGGGCAUUCGUUACGUAAUAAACUACGAUUUUCCCAGCACCAUUGAAGGGUAUGUCCAGCGCUUGGUCAGAACGGGAUGCCUAUCGCGUUCCCGCAACUGCGAGGCCAUCAGUUUCUUUACAAAGGCAAACUGCAAACUCUCGAUGGAAGUGGUCGACUUUCUCAAGAACAAUAAACAAGAAAUAGGACCGGAUCUUCUCCAGAUGGCUGAGGAAAGAGCUCGUCGCCCCCGCAUUCGCAAACGCCAUCGUCCACAACGCUACAAUCGCAAGCGUUAG